GUGUGCCGUCUCAAGCCGUUCCUUCGCUCUACCACCACCUUCAAUAAGCAAUGCAGUCGCUACGGACGCGACGCUCUCAAGCGCCGGCGCGUAAAGUGCAGCGCUCUGGAACGAAACUUUCCAAGAUUGCCCAAGGUGUAACACCCCGCCCUCGCGAUGCCCGAAAAUCUCGUGUCGAUGACAAGAUUAAGAAACGCAUGUCGAUGCGCUAUGCCGACAUUUCAGGACCUACAGAGCUUAAUGUACCCCCAAUGCCCAGCAUCCCUACUGUUGGAGUAAUCACGGAUGGAUUUCAGAAUGAAGUCGUUGGGGAGAAGAUUGGCACUCGGGAUGAUGGAGCGGCGGUGGCGGCAGAGAACGAUAAGAAACUGUUGGACAAGGAUGAUUUUGACCCGGAUGCCUACUUGAAGCUUAAGCUGGCGAACUCGACGGAAGCAGAAGUCAAGUCCCUACAAUCGUCUCUACGCGGAGCCAAAGAUGAUACGGCUACUGAUCUCCAGAAGAACGUUUUUCAAAAUUAUGCAGAAUUCGUGCUGAUCUCCAAGGAAAUCUCGACUCUGGAGAAUGAGAUGAUUGAAUUGAAGGAAUCCCUCUCGGAAUACAAAUCCAUGCCGUCCUUGCUUCACAUUCCUGACCCCACUUCAACAUCAUCUUCAACUAUGACUUCGUAUCGACGCUCCUCCGUUGCCGACCUACGCAUCAUGUAUUUCAACCAGAUGCAGGCAUUGCAUACUCAGAUCGAGGGAUCCGCCAAAUUCGCGCCUACUACACCAGGAAGACAUGUCGUAGGCGAAGUGGAGGGUGUGUUAUCAUUGAAUGCGGCAACAUACAAGGUCGUCGGCAAGGUGAAGUUUGUUGUCUUGGACGACGCUGUGUUGGUCGCCAGGAGACGACGCCGCAACGGUGGUCCCGAUUCCCGUAGUGGUGGCAGUGUUAGCGAAGGCAAGCUAGUUGCGGAGCGAUGUUGGCCAUUGAGUGAAAUGCUGGUGUUGGACACCAAGGACUCCCCCAGUAUGACAAAUGUCUUCAAGAUCAGGCACGGCAAGGAAACACACGUCUACCGGACAGAGUCUCCAGCAGACAAGAAGUCGCUUCUUCAGCAACUACGUCAUGUUGCCGAAGAGCUAGCUGCUAAGAAGCGCAAAGAACGUGAAGGCGAGCAUGAAAGGAGGAAGAGUUUAUGGCAAGGCGCCGGUCAUCUGGAUACAAUGCGGAACUGCAUGCCUCAAACUGAAUGGAUGAGGGAGCUCGCUGCAAAAGCGGGAGAAGCUCCUGGCGUUGAUGCUAAGGAGAAACUCGAGCGCGAUGCUCGUUGGACCAGCGAAUGGGCGGACGAUCUAACUGUUGCAAUUGCUUUACGGGAAUGGGAAAAAGCUACGAGGCUUGUCGAAGAAGGUAAAGCGAAGUUGGCUGCAGUUCCUCCUCUGGCACCAAAGCUCCCUGGUUUGACCUCGCAGCUGAUUGCGGCUCUCUUGUCUUCUUUGUCUUUGGUCUCGAACAAGAAGUCUACUGUUAUUUCACUGAUCUCGCUUCUUUUGCGUCUCAACGCCGGCCCUGCCGCUCGCGCAACGUUCCUCAAAAUGCGUACUCAGGUCAUCAAGAAUUUUGUCAGAAAAAUCAAAUUCGAAGGACACAUUGGUACAUAUAUUGCUGACUUGGCUAUUGUGACUUUCACUGCCAUCAAGCAUACCGCCGAUUGGUUUUUGGCGAGCUUUAAGGAGAAUGAAGUCGCUAGUGCUUUCAUUGAUUGGGCGAAAAGUCAGAUCGAGAAUUACGCAGAUGUGUUCCGAAGACAGGUCUUUAGCUCGGAUGUCGAUCCGAAGGUAGUCGAAGAAGCUCUGAAAAUCACAUACUCCCAGAGCAAGAAGUUACUUGAAGACUAUGGACUUGACUUCCGUUUCUUACUAGAGGAGUUGUUAGCAGAAAACGUUCAAGAGUCGGAGACCACCACCAAACCCGCUAAGCUGGACCUGCAAGAUAUACGCAUAACAGCACCUAAAUUAUCAAAAUCAUCCUCUAAACUAUCCCAUUCACUCACAUCCUCUGUCAGCCGGCGUUCUCCUACGCCAAGCGCAAGUUCAGCCAUGACGCAGUCAUCAUCUUCUACUUCCUCUGGUGCGACUACCACAGCAGCCGGCGCCACGCCGACUGCGUUGUCCUCAGCGCCACCUUCGGGUUACUCAUCAGCUUCAUUUUACACCCCAACACCCGCCACUGGCAUGUUCCCUCCGUCUCAGACCCAAAUGCCUCCUGUACCCGCUCUUCGCCGUGCUCGUACUCCCUUGUCAUCGGCAAUGCCUACAUAUGGUACCAGCACGCCGCCGCUCUCUGCUCCAGUUCCCCCCGUCCCUUUAGCGUCCCCACUUCCCAGGCGGACAAGGUCUCCGCCUCCCAGUGCAUCCCCUUUGCGACCAGGUACAUCGAAUAGCAUAAGGGACAGACCACCUCGGUCGGCUAAGGCCAGUCCGGCCCCGCCCCCUCGGUCAACGAACCGACCUGGCAGCUCGGCAGGCCAUAGGCCUCCGCCCGUUGCUGUUCCAUCUCGAGAGGGUAUGAUCUAGAAACGCAUAUAUCGUCGCGUUUCUUCACGUUGGAUUCUUCAUAGUUAACUUAUUUCCUUGUAUUUUGCGUUUCCGAUUUGUGGAUGUCAUCGUCUACAGAGUUGUCGUCUGUACCGGUAAUUGAAUUGUUUAACUGCUUUUCCCUAGAGAAGUUCAUUUGAGUUGCUCUCAUCCUGAAUCCGACUUUUUACUGCUGUUGCUACAGGUCAAGACCAUU